CGCUCAGUGUGCUCGCCAAAACUUGUGAAGACGCAGGGAAGAGAUCAAGAGCGCAGCCGCAGAAGAUAAAACGGCUGCGGGUUCUGGACAGGCUUGCGCGCACGCUGGACCUUACUGGUGCUAUCAUUAUAAACGGAGAAUGAUCAGAAUAGACAGUCUGUUGUAACGUUGUGCAAACAGAUCUGCGGAUGCUUUUAAAGUGCAACAUUUAAUGACCUUUCUUUGUGACUUUGGAUGCGGACUUUUUUUCUUACAAAGUUUCUAAUUGUAUUGUAAAAUCCGAUGACCUGAAGCAAAGGUGCGUCGGAGAGAGUAAUUACGAAUUGUUCGGAGGUUCUGAUCUUAUUGGAAAAAUAAGAAUAAACAAUCCUUGACAAAAUGCUCCUCAACUUUGUAUUCGUGAUGGUGCCGUUUCUGUCGGCUGUGUCCCAGUGCUCGGGCUCAUAUGUGCCAUGCGAGCCGUGCGACCAGAAGGCGCUGUCCAUGUGCCCUCCCGAGCCCAAAGGCUGUCAGCUGGUGAAGGAGCCCGGCUGCGGCUGUUGCCUCACCUGCGCGCUCGCCGAGAAUCAGCCGUGUGGCGUCUACACCAGCACGUGUGCGCACGGACUCCGUUGCCUGCCGCGCGACGGAGAGGAGAAACCACUACACGCACUGCUGCACGGCAGAGGGCUGUGCACCAACGAGAAGGGCUACAAGGCGUCUCAUCCGCCUGUGGAUCGUGAGUCUAAAGAGCAUGAUGAGGCAAUAAAGAUUGACACAACAGAGGAGCAGCUGCCCCCAGCCAAAGUGCCCAUUAAUCCUAAGCAAGACCUAAUCACCAGCAAGAAGCAGGCUGCCAUGCGCAAGGACAGGAAGAAGCAGCAGGAGAAGCUGAGGUCCAUGGGUUCGCCGGACUACUCACCACUUCCAGUUGACAAGCACGAAACUGAAUUUGGUCCAUGUAGAAGAAAGCUGGACGGGAUCAUAAGGGGACUGAAAGACACCUCCCGCAUUGUGGCUCUCUCUCUUUAUCUGCCCAACUGUGACAAGAAGGGCUUCUUCAAACGCAAGCAGUGUAAGCCCUCACGUGGUCGGAAACGGGGAAUAUGCUGGUGCGUGGACAAAUAUGGAGUGCAGUUGCCAGGGACUGACUACAGUGGAGGAAACAUCCAGUGCAAAGACAUGGAGCCUGGCAACAACAACGAGUGAGGAGGGAUACACCAUGAUCACCUAAGCCGAGGCUCACCUCCUUCUUUCCUUCCCACCUGUCCUCCCGCCAGUCACUCUAUGAUUUUGAUCCAAAAAGAAGAAACAAAACACAAACAAAUUUGAACAAAAACAAAUGAUAAACUUUUUUUGACUGAGCGCUCAUCUCUAACUUGGGGUACCCAGUUAAUCAGAGGGCCUCUGCUGUGUUAAGAGCUGGGUCCCAGCAAAAGAUUUUUAAAAAUAUAUACAUUCAAUUAUAUAUUUUUAUAGAGGCUGGGGUUUGAGUACCAUACUUGUUAACAUACAGGAAAAAAGAGCAUAUGGUAUGUUAAUUAUUACCAGCGCUAUCUUGAUCUUUUACAUCUUUGAGGUUGAGGUGUCAGAGGAAAUAGCUCAAACUCUUAUUAUUGAAAGAACUAUAAAAUGUUUAGUUUGUUUUCCAAAAAAGAAAUAAUAAUAAUAAUGUCAUAGGGAUGUGCUGAUAGAGCUCUCUCUAUAUGGCUAUUUGGUCCUGUUAGAGCACUUAUUGGGAAAACCUUGGAAAUGUGUAACUUCACCAAGUUCAGUGUAUGUGUGUGUGUGUGUGUGUGAAUAUAUAUGUAUGUCUUUGUAUGUGUGAAUGUGAAUGUGCAGCUGCAUGAAAGAGAAACAUGGUGGACACUUUUUUUGGAAUAUGUCCCUUUUUUCCACCACAUGAGUGUGUGGCAAAAUCCCCAUGCCCCCUGAGAGCAGUUAUUGAGUAGGCUCAUUGCUAGUUGCUAGCAUUCUCUCACUGGCCCACUCUUUGGGAGAACGAUGGUGUAGGAAUUGAAAUUCCAAGUAAGUUUGACAUACUUGUCUCAGUGACUCUGUGACUGUGUAGCUUGCCUAAAAUGCCAACUGUGCCUAUGUAACCUGAUGCUGGCGUGCAGACUGAUCCAGGUGAAUGGAUAGUUGAUGUGUUGGCUGUGGCCUGAGGUCCUGUCAUGUCCAACGUCUUCACAGAUUCUUUGGUCGAAGAGCAUAAAAGAAAUGUCCACAUCCAAACUCAUCUGGCACCCAUUUUGCAGCACAAGUAACAGUAUCCAAACUGGGACACUUGGUGUUAUGGUCUGAGACAGAUUUCAAUGGUCUGACACUAACUUUCCCAGAAUUUGGACUUGAAGUAACUUGACUUUGAUGGACAUUCACUUUUGAAAGUGGUGGCUUCUUUCUCAGCCUGUGACAAGUUUUUAGAAUAGUCUUCUUUUAUUAUUUUUGCCUUCAGUGAAGUAUCAACUUAUCCGCUUAUGAGCCAUUUCCUAGACCAAGUGCUUUCACUGAACUGAGUGACACCUUGGCGUAGUAUAAUACCGUUAACUGUAGAUUGAUGAAUGUUUUAUGAGGAACCAUUAUCAGGAAUUGCUGCUUGGAAAACACAGUGCUUGGAAAACACAGUGCAUUUUAGCAUGUUUUCAUUGUUACAACCUUUGGUGUAAUCUGUUUUCAUUGUUACAGCCACCAAGGUCUUCCCCAGUCCUCCCCAACCAUCCCACCCCUAACUUUUUUUUUUUCCCCAAGCCACACAACUACUGUGUGUUGUUCUUGAAAUUCUAUCUUCAGCAUGACAUAAGUGUACCUUUUGCUUUUUAAAGGGUUUCAUUUGAAAAAGAAGGCACAUUUAACUACCAUUGUCAUUCAGUGCAUUGAGAGUUUUAUGUGAGUCUGUGUGUGUUUUAGUGCCUUUCUACAUACAAAUACAUUUGAAUAGUGACGUGAACGUUACACAAUAGCCAAGGGGAUAAAAUUGGUUAAUCAUUAUGUACUGACGAGGGUCCUCAGUCUCUUUCAGAUGUAUAUGUCAAAGAUAUUUCUGUCAUGCCAUGACUAUUUUAAAUCAUUAUGUAAAAUCCCUAGCUGUGAAAGGGAAGCUAGUGGGUACACCUAUGUCUCUCAUUGAUUGUUUUUAUUAUUAUUUUUUAUCUCAAAGAAUAAGCUGAAUUUUGAGACUGCAAGUAUAUGUAAUUGCUUGAGAUAGUAGUUCGAGUUGUUUUCAGUCAAGCUACAUAUGAACAGGGAUACACAGAGGCCUUCACGGCCUGCACAGGCUGGUGAUUCUUUAGCAGAAAAAUCAGCAAGAAAAGCCAUUCCCUGCCACAGUGGUUCUGCUCAGAUCUUAUUACAGAGCUCAUGUGAUCGUAGUUUCAUGGCUGGGAGGGGGCCAGUAAUGCUUGACACAAUAAGAUAGAUGAGACGCUACUCCACUAAGCUUGCCUCUAGUGCUGCUGCUUCUCUCUGCUAUUGAUAGCUACACCAUUAUCAAAAAGAAGACAAAGAACCACAGGUCGACAGAAAGUCCCAACGGCAUGUCUAAAUGGAAAAAUGAGUGAUGAGAGACUCUCAAAGUAUGGAGAGAAAAGAGAGAGAGUUUUUCGGGGUGAAGGUUAUAAACAGUCCUUCACAGGUGUUUUAAAUGAGUUAUUGAGGAGGUGUUGUUCACUAUUAUUGCACAAAUGGCCUCUGAGGAGGAGGCUAGAGCAUUUGCCAGCAUUAUCCAGGUCCUGAUUUGUGCUCAGAGCCCCCUCCCACUUUUUUCUUUCUUUCUUUUUUUUUUUUUUAAGCAGCUUGCACUUAUGUAUUUACAAUUUUUUUUAUUAUUGCCAUAUGACAGCUUCCUCCUAGCAGUGCUGACUCCAAAGCACAUCUCAGAUCAGGUGUAGGAGAAGCAGGAACAGGCCUCAGAUACAAACCCUGCCUGGGGACUUUUGACAGGGGCUUUAGUGGCCCAAGCCUGACAACCACCUCUUCAUCUGGUGGGGGAAAAAUGACAACAUUAAAAUACACAGCUAUUGAUCUCAGUCCAAUCUCUACUCAUCUACUCUUACAGCUACUGGACUAUGUGCCUCAGUGGCACCCAGGGAGAGGGAGGGAAGGUGAGAGCCCCAGGCCAUGUUCAAGUGGGGCCCAACAAGAAUACACACCACAAGACACAUCACAAUAGAUACCAUUAGCAGGCUAGGCAAUGGGGGUCUCAGAAUCUGUGAGGCAGGUACAAGCAGCGAGUGGUAAAUCAGUGACUGCUCUUCUGGUCUUGGAACUGACAUCAAAGGAUGUAGGAAAUGCUUUCUCAUAGCUUAGAUGUGGUUCAUGAUUGAAUCAUGUGCAUAGAAGUGAUACAGCCAAGGGCCUGUUGAUUUGUUUUGUGUUUUACUACAAAAUUCUAAACAGUGAAUUGCAAAAAAUGGUGGUUUUUUUCCGCAUCAACCAAAGACAAUAGACUAAAACAAAUGUCACUUCAUUCUGAAUCACCAUUAUAGACUAAAUCUCAUCAUAGAGAUAAGAUGCUACUCUCAUUUACUGAGAUGCUUUAAUAAUAUGUAAAGUGUUUAUAAAGAAGAAUAGUCACAUCAAGCCAAUAUAAGCCACUGUGACGUUGCUUGGUGCCUUCGCCAGAUUCCGAAUCUUCAAAAUGGUUAGAUGAAUACAAUAUUCACAACUCAUCAUACAGUAGUAUUACAGCUUUCUUUCUGAAUCACUAACAGUUUCUUCUUCUUCUUGUUUUUCUUUUUUGUGGAUGAGAAGACUUGAUGAUUGACAUUGACACGUGGCCUAACAUGGCGUUUUGAAAGAAAAAAAAAACACAGAUAAACAAAAAACACCCAUUUGUGGCAGGAGGACCGUGAAAAUGUUCAGCAUUUGGAACUCUUAAUAAACAGAUAAAAAGAAAAAAAAACUCAAAUUAUUAAGAAAGUAAAUAUCACUGUAAUAUUUAUUCAACUUGUAAUUUAUGUACUCUUUUAACCUUUGUCUUUUUUUGUUAUGACAAAGCAUUUAUUUAAAUAAAGUUAUGUAUUCAUUUAAA